UAUCCACGUAGUUGGCGGUCUUCCGACUUUCUUUUUAGUCUUUGUUUAGUACUCACAUUGACGAGUCCUAAUUGUUUUCCAACAGGUCUGUCUCCUACUAGGUCUUUCCCCUGCAGCUUUGAAGUGCAGCUGCACCUUGCUUAUUGCAAAUGGAAAAAACAGAUCUAUCGCAAAUCUUUUCGCUCUGACCAUAAGAAGUUUUGAUUAAAUGGUAGAAUUUAUUAAAGCAUGCUAAUUAUUUUAUCAUCUCAGCAAUAAUUUAGAGGUUCUACGUGGAUUUAUUUGAGUGAAUAUUCUACCGUUUAUUUGAGGUAUUCUUCUUAUGCAAUAUUCAACUAAGUAUACCCAGUAUUAUAAUCUUGAAAAUGAUUUUAAACCCAAGUUUAUCAAGCUCGAAAAUAAAUACUUUUCCACCUUAAUGUGUAAUAAACUUAUUUAUCGCAAAAGGCUUUCCAUAGGUUUUACAAACCUGAUUCCAUCUGUGGCUGCGUCUGAAGCUUCAAAUGUGCUAGAGAAAGGGCACAGAGAAGAAAAAUGUUGUUUAUCAAUUUUUAACAAUAUAUCUUACUUUGUUAUGCAGGUAUAGAUGCUCUGUCAACACUUUUUACAUGGCCUCUGUAGAUUUAUCGUUCUAGUUUUGACCCUUUCCCUGUGCAUAGCCCAGGGACCGUUGAGAAUAUUAUGGGACGGGGGAUUGCCUAUAAACUUUUUGGCGCUCAACAUGCUUAAAACUAAGAGCAAGAUGAUUUAUUGUAUGGCUUUAAGUACACUUUUUGAAUUAUAUUAUUGUGCGAAGUCUCCUCAGCACUCCCUCCCUUGCUUCAAUGAUCGUUGGCAUGUCAUUGUUUUUUCAUGCCCAUAUCCAUGAGAAGGGACAUUGGCACAAAUACUGUAACAUUCUAAUUUUGCUUCCUACUUUCCAGUCAGUACCACGCUGUGAACCAUCAACAAACAAUGAAGACACACUGUACUGUUAUCGCAUCUCUGUGAACCCAGAUAUCAACUUCAAGGCAAGAUUUCCUACAGAAAUUUGUCAUCGUGGAGAUAUUUACGAGUUUGAUGGCUUCCUUCUGUUGACACACUGCUUGCUUGAAAGGGUACCAAAAUGUUCAUUCACUUAUUUUAAGAGACUAUACAGUAUUACACUUCAUUCAGAGAAUAUUCCUAAGAAAUUCUGCAUCAAAGACCUCGAACUAUUUCAUAAAUUGGUUUUUGAAGAGUAUUUUGAAAUCUCGGAUUGGAACAUAAGCGGUAAAAGAGACAGCUGCAGAAUAUUUCAUUUUAUGCCACGAUUCAUUCUCACUAAAGAUGGGGGCUCAGCUACAUGCAGUGGAACUGAAUCAGAACCGAGGUACCUUUCCAUGCUCCAUGUGCUGAAACACCUUAUGAAAAGUCACAAGCCCCUACUCAAGCGUGAGGAUUUCGAUAGACGGAGAUCGUUUUUUGAAGAGGAAGAGAGAACAAUGCGCGAAAGCCUUGUGCAUUUUCCUGGAAGGAAACCAGCAUGUUUACGAUUGGAUGGGCUAAGACCAGGGGGCUUUCAAGGCGAUAGGUAUCCGGAAGUCUUACAUUAUAGUGGUGAUACACCAAAAAGCGACCCCGCAAAAAAUCGAAUUUAUGAGAAGCUGAGACGGAAAAGAGACAAUCUAAGAUUUGUUGUUGAAGAUUGUGUUCUGCCAGUGAAAAAACAACUUGAGGAUCUCAGAAAUAUAGAGAGAGAAAUGGAAAAGAUGAAAAGGAAUAGGAAAAUGAAUCGUCAAAGUAGAGUGUGGCUUUCUUCAAAAAACUGCUACAGAACUGGUUUAAUGACUGACGUGUUCCAGCAUACAAUUCUUCUAUAUGCAAUCACAGAUCACAUAAGAUAUCACAAAAGCCUUGAUCUUCUCGAAAGGAAGAUUAACUACAGGUUCAAGAACAGACUUUUCUUGGAGACUGCACUUCAUCACGUCUCGUUACCAAAGAGACUUACCCAAUUCAGUCACAUCCACGUUUCAUAUUUCAACUGCGGCUUCUCGAAUGUAGAGCUUGGAGAUGGAGAGAGCCUAAGGAAAUACUCAAAGAGAAAAGGUCUUGAAAAUCUGUCUGGAACUAUGUCAAAGUUAGCCGAAACAGAAGUACAGCUGUCCUCAUUACGUCAUAAUGAAUCGUUGGAAUUUCUUGGAGAUUCAGUUCUCGAAAUCAUUGUGAGUUCACGACUGUUUUUUCUAUUUGGAACCAAAUCUGAAGGGGAACUGUCAAAAUUCAGGUCAUUGCUCGUUGGCAAUGCACAGCUGGCCGAAAUAGCAAAGAGAUUGGAACUGCAAGACUUUAUGUUGUUUGGACAUUCUGAUUGGCCCAAGGCCCGAAUGGAUCAUUCAUUGGCAAACUGCGUUGAAGCGAUUCUAGCUGCUGUAUUCCUUGAUGGAGGCUACGAUCAAGCAGACAAACUCCUGCAGUUUCUUCAUUUUGAAGAGAAAGAUUUGGGCAGAAUCUGGAUGGAUACGCCGAAGCAUUUAUUGCAGGCGAGAGCACCCGGAAGUGACAGACAUCUAAUCGAAAGGUCUCCGCGACUUCAGGAACUUUUGAAACUCGAAGAUCGACUUGGCCUAACGUUUAACCAUAUCAGCCUCCUUGCUCGUGCAUUUACCUGGUCUGCCGCGGAUGACGAUACUCUAACUUGUGGAAACAACCAGAGACUAGAGUUUCUUGGAGAUUCUGUGCUGAAAUUCAUCAUAUCUGACUAUGUGUACCGACAUUUUCCCGACCACCAAGAAGGACAUUUGACUCUGCUUCGUACUUCUCUGGUGAACGCAAAGACUCAAGCUACUGUCUUUCGAGAGCUUGGCAUGGAUGAAUUCAUUGAUUUUGCAAAAGAAACUGAAACCUACAGCUGGAAAAUCUUUGCAAAUAUGUUUGAAGCAUUUAUUGGAGCAGUUUUUGUGGACAAAGGGAUUGAAUAUUGUAAGAAAAUAUGCGAAGUUACUCUUUUUGGAAAGCUUGAGAGCUUUAUAAUAAAUCACGACUGGCUGGAUCCAAAAUCGAAACUCCAGAACUGCUGUGCCUAUUUGCGAUCAGAGAAUAACAAGCUUGAAAACCCAAAUUACAAGAUCUUGGAAGUUUCUGGGCCUCUUCCCCAUCGGACAUUCAAGGCCGCAGUUUAUUUCAGAAACGAUCAGCUGGGAGUGGGUAUUGGGAAGACCAUUCGUGCUGCUGAGUCUGCCGCUGCUCUCAAUGCCUUGGAAUCCAAUCAUUUUGAGGUGCAAGAGAGGCAGAACCGUGUCAUUAACGAGAAGUAUGGCAGGAAAAGGAUCAAUGUUGGAAACUCACCAAGUUUUCCGUUGCCAGCAAAGAGAUCGCGAGAAGAAGACGAGGACAACUGGGAGCCAAAAUGGAUAUAUAUCUGA